AACAGUAGCAAAUAGCAAUCCCUUGGAAAUUCAUUCAACCAUAGUGACCUUGUCUCUCUUCCUCAGCCAUGGCAACCCUGCGCAUCUGUCCAUCUCCCUUAGCCAGCAUCAACAAGAAGCGGUUACAAAGCAUGCCUCAACGACUGAGAGGUAGAAGUGCAUCAAUAAUAGUGGCGAGGGCAUAUAAGGUGGAGAUAGAGCAGGACGAUGGGAGGAACACAACGUUGGAGGUGGAUGAGGACGAGACCAUUCUUUCAAAGGCAUUGGAAAUGGGAAUGUCUGUACCACACGACUGCAAGCUUGGCGUUUGCAUGACUUGCCCUGCUCGACUCCUUAGUGGGACUGUCGACCAGAGCGAGGGAAUGCUCAGUGAUGACGUCAUCGACAGAGGCUACGCCCUCCUCUGCUCUGCCUACCCACGCUCUGAUUGUCAUUUCCGCAUCAUUCCCGAAGAAGAGCUCCUCUCGCUUCAGCUCGCCACCGCCAACGACUAAUUCACCCGACUCAGAGUCGGAGUCUAAUCGGCUCUGUAAUUUUCUGCAUUGUUAAUCUAUAUCUAAGAUGGAGCUUUAGUUGGAUUCCAGGUGUGACUUCUACGAAUUAAAAUCUACUCUCUUUUUUUUUA